UUCCCACAAAGGGAAAUACGCUUGAGAGAGAAAAGAGAAAUAGUCUAGAGAGAGAGAGACUGUGUGUCUGGGGAGGCGCAAAUCUGAUUGAAAACAAUUCCUUAAUCUAGGAGAUUAACAUAGAAAGAAGGGCGAGACAACGGUCUCUCAUUAUUUUGAUGUUCUCCGCAGAAAAAGAUCAUGUUUUUUGUGUUUAUUCCGUCUGUAAAUAGAUAUCUAUACACGUAUUGUUGCAUGCAAAAAAAUUUCAGUUGAGAAACGAUGGAUAUAGUGAAGAGGAGAAGAGUAAAGGAGACGUGAAUCGAGCUUUACCUUUUGGGAAUUAGCAAUGGCGGACGAUCUCUGUUUCCGGUCCAAGGAUAGCUUGACUGUGAAACAUCCUAAGAAAAAUCCUCUGGCAUUGAGGAUGCUGGUUUUGAUGUUCGUGCUGGUGUGUGGAGUUUACAUAUGUGCAGUCUGUCUUAAGCAAAUUGGCGGGCACGCGACUGUGGGGUUGUUGAGCUUUUCGGUGGCUGAGAGGCCUUGUGAUGUAACGGAUAUCGAUCCCUCUGAGAAGCCCUAUGUACAUUUCCCCAAACCAGAGACUUUUAGCAGGGAAGAAUGUGCUUGCAAUCCAGUACGUUACUUUGCAAUAUUGUCCACGCAGAGGUCUGGGAGUGGAUGGUUUGAGACGCUGCUGAACAGUCAUAUGAACAUUAGCUCCAAUGGGGAGAUUUUCUCAGUUAAAGUUCGAAGAAGUAACAUGUCCACAAUCGUGGAAACAUUGGAUAAGAUUUAUAAUCUAGAUUGGUUUACAAGUGCAUCAAAAAAUGAGUGUACAGCUGCAGUUGGAUUGAAAUGGAUGCUUAACCAGGGACUAAUGCAACAUCAUGAAGAAAUAGUGGAAUACUUCAACUCUAAAGGAGUUUCAGCAAUUUUUCUUUUUAGACAGAAUCUGCUGCGUCGUAUGAUUUCCAUCCUAGCAAAUUCUUUCGACCAGAACGCCAAGCUACUGAAUGGCACUCACAAGUCUCAUGUUCACUCAACCCAUGAGGCCGAGAUACUUGCCAGUUACAAGCCAGUUGUUAACACAAGUUUGCUUAUACCGAACCUGAGGCAAGUGGAAGAUCUCGUUAAUAAAUCAAUGGAGUAUUUUAAAAGCACCCGCCAUAUCAUCCUCUACUACGAGGAUAUAAUAAACAAUCAAACAAAAUUAGUCGACGUUCAGAACUUUCUGAGGGUUCCUCUCCAGGAGCUGAGUAGCCGACAGGUGAAGAUACACAAAGGAUCGUUGUCUUCGCAGGUCGAAAACUGGGGAGAGAUCGAGAAGACACUCAAGGGUACGCAUUAUCAAAGUUAUUUACAUGAAGAUUACAAGUUGUAGGAAUAUGCACCAUGUGCUUCUGCUGUAUAUAUAGAUUAUUUUGAUUUAUUCAUUGAUUCUUACCAAAGCAUAAGCUAACAGGUAUUUGCCCCUGUUGGAAUUUUGAUAGCAUAGUUUUACAGGACACCUUAUCAAUAUUUGUGUUUGUUUUAUUUUUUAGUUGUUUUUUUGGUAAGCAAGGUAGACUAAUAUUUUCUGUAUUUUUAGCUCUUUGGAUUGAGAUUUUGUAUUUUUAACCACAUUUUAUAAUUUUUUAGCUAUAUAGAGUAUUAUGUAAAA